AUGGGCUUGGGCCAAGUGUCUGUCAAGAUUCGCGGUGCCGCCGUCGGCACCGAAGCCAUCAUGCUCGGUGUCAUUACAUCGAUUGGUGGUUUCCUCUUUGGUUACGACACAGGCCAAAUCUCGGGCAUGCUCUUGUUUAGAGACUUUAUUGACCGCUUUGGACAAGACCAAGGCAAUGGCGAGAAGGCGUUUAAUCCUACCAUCUCUUCUCUGCUCGUCUCCCUCAUGUCUAUCGGUACACUGGUUGGUGCGCUCGCUGGUGCAUACACUGCCGACUUUUUUGGACGUCGCAAAAACCUCACCAUCGGUGUCAUGAUUUUCGUCGUCGGAAACAUCAUCCAGAUUACAGCCAUGAACACCUGGGUCCACAUGACCAUGGGCCGUAUUGUUGCUGGUGUGGGUGUCGGUAUUCUGUCGAUUGGUGUGCCAAUGUACCAGUCCGAAGUCUGCCCUCGUGAGAUCCGCGGUGCUGUCGUCGCAUCAUACCAACUCAUGAUUACGAUUGGCAUUCUGAUCUCCAACAUUAUCAACUACGGUGUUCGUGACAACCCAGGCGAGGAUUCCUCUGCCGCCUGGAGAAUUGUAAUUGGCCUUGGUAUCGCUUUCUCUCUUCCCCUCGGCUUUGGAGUCCUAUUCACGCCAGAGUCGCCUAGGUGGCUUGCUGGUAGGGGACGCUGGGAAGACGCCCGUAUCGCCAUGGCGCGUCUCCGUGGUCUCAAGCACGACCCGAACCACACUUUGGUCAACGAGGACUUUAAGGAGAUGGAGGAUUCUAUCAAUGAGCAGAAGAGUGCUGGUCAGGGUACCUGGAUGGAAUGUUUUGCCAGCUCGUCAUCCGGCAUCCCACGUGUCCUGUACAGGACUCUGCUCGGCUGCGGCCUGCAGUUUUUCCAGCAAUGGACGGGCGUCAACUACUUUUUCUACUACGGUGCAACCAUUUUCAGGUCCGCCGGUAUUGAAGAUCCCCUGCAGACUCAGCUUAUCCUUGGUGCUGUCAACGUAGCCAUGACUUUCCCUGGUCUCUGGCUUAUUGAACGCCUGGGACGCCGAGUUCCGCUCGUUCUCGGUGGUCUCUGGCAAGCUACCUGGCUUCUUAUUUUCGCCAUCAUCGGUGUUGUUCUGCCUCCCACGGAGAAUGAGGUUGCGGGUAUUGUCAUGAUUGUCGCUGCUUGUAUGUUUAUUGCCAGUUUCGCUGCCACCUGGGGUCCCUUCAUCUGGGUCGUUAUUGGCGAAACAUUUCCUCUGCGCACACGUGCCAAGCAGGCAUCUUUGGCCACUGCUUUCAACUGGCUUGGAAACUUCCUGAUCGGUUUCCUCACACCAUAUGCCGAUGACGGUAUUGGCUACGCAUUUGGUUUCGUCUUCUUCGGCUGCAACUUUGUCGCAGCAGGCAUUGUGUACUUCUUCCUCUUCGAGACCAAGUCGCUUUCUCUCGAGAAUGUCGACAUCAUGUACUCGGACCACAACCUCUCAGCCAGGACUAGCAAGAAGUGGGUCCCUGCUGGAUACAUUACCCGUGACGAGCGCGACGACUCGUACUGGGAGCGCCGUCACAGCGCUGUUGCUGCCAACGGUGGUGGGCCAAGAGGCUACGAGGAGAAGCUCGGCGACAAGCAUGACUCUUCGCCUGAGAGGAGCAUGUCGAUGCACCAGGAGCGCAUCAACUAA